AGUCUCAUUCAGUGUUGUGCGGGAUUUAAAGCUUACCACGUCACGAAAAUUGACUUAUGUUAUGAAAAUUAUCCUAUCUGUGUUUCCUUUUGGAAUACCAGUGACUUUGGGAUUAAAUUGGAAACACAUUCCCACAAAACGUGCAACGGACAAUUUGUGGUUACAGUGCUGAGUGAACGUUUUCCCACGCAAAAAUAACACUCCGGGCAUUACACACUCACCCUCCGGAAAUUGCGUGAAACUUCCGGCUGCGGGUUUUUCUCGGGGUUUUUUUUUUAAUUCAUUAUUUUUUCCCAUAUCAAAUUUACGCUUCAUUAGACCCUUACAGCUCUGUCAAAGUGAUUGAGAGCCAUAAAUAAACUGGCAGGAAGCCCAACAGUGUAAAACUCGUGCCAUCGUCAUCGACUCUUUCGAGGGAGAUCCCUACCCAUCUGGGAAAAGACCGGGUUGUGAUUUCCACAAUUCCACAACAUUGAUGUGCGUAGAGACAUACCCCAAAUAGUGAUUCAGUCGUUGAGUUUAAUGGUUUAACCGUCACGAAAAGCGAUAGGGGAGAACUGAGAGCUUUUUCGUUCACAGAUAAAUUUUGUGGUAUAAAAGUGCAGUGAUAGGGGAACAAAGUGAUUUAAGCUUACAAAAAGUGAUUUUGGGAAAAGUGCUGAAAAUAGCAGAUAAUAGUCUUUUAAAAUUGUGCAAUCGAAGAUCACAAAAUCUCCUGCAUCUUUGAGGAUACCAGGAUAAAAAAAAAUACAGAAGCUUGAACUAACACAGCUUCUUCUACACUAUCCUGUGGUAUCUAAAAUGCAACUCUGAGCGAAUGCUUCAGGCAGCAAAGCUUGAAAUUAAUACCCCAUUUGGACUGACAAAGGUCUUGCAAUGGGAAUUAUUUGUAGUGAGUAUAAUUGAAGUGGAACAGGGUGAGUGAAAAGUGUGAAUUCUGGGAAGUACGGGCAAUUUGUGUCAUAUUCCUUAUGCUGGGGGCCAGUGAUGAUCCCCUCAGGACAUUGUAGAGUACGAUGCGGGCCCCAGUUGGGCCGAUAUCAGCUCGCCUUGCCGGGGGGCCACUGUGGCAGCUCCUGGGCCUCCUAUUCAUCACAUUAGCCCUAGUUGCAGCUGGACCAAGGUACAGCUCGCGAAUUGUGGAAACCAAAUCAGGCGCUAUUCGCGGAGUUAUUCUCGAGCUCAAUUCUAAGCACCUGGAACCCGUUGAGGUGUUCAAAAGUGUGCCCUACGCUGCUGCUCCGAUAGGGCCCUAUCGCUUUGCACCACCACGAAAAUUAAUUCCCUGGACUGGGACUAAGUUGGCAGACACCUUCAGUCCAGUGUGUCCUCAAAAUUAUCCAGACGUUGCAAAUCGGAGUGCCGCAUUAAUGUCGAUGCCAAAGGGACGAUAUCAGUAUCUGAAGAAAGUAAUUCCGCUUCUUGUGAAUCAGAGCGAAGAUUGUCUCACACUCAACAUCUAUGUUCCUGGCAGUGGAAAUCGUGGCUUGGAGGCACCAUAUUCUGUCUUCUUCUACAUCCAUGGAGAGUCCUUCGAAUGGGGCUCUGGAAAUCCCUAUGAUGGCUCCGUGCUGGCCAGCUACGGUCACGUAAUCGUGAUUACAGUCAAUUAUCGCCUUGGAAUUCUUGGUUUCAUCAAGACCAGAGCCAACUCCCCAGGAAGCAAUCUUGCUCUCCUUGACAUUUUAGCAGCUCUUCAGUGGACCCGCGACAACAUUGCAGCUUUUGGAGGUGACCCCAGUCGACUGACAAUCGUGGGUCACGAUACUGGAGCUGCUCUUGCAAAUUUGGUGCUUAUCUCAAAGAGUUCGAAAGGUCUUGCCCAUCGAGCCAUCUUGCUAAGUGGGUCAGCCCUGAGUCCAUGGGCAAUUAUUCCCAACCCCGACCGUGUACGUGAAGAAGUAUCGCAGCAAAUGGCCUGCCAUUUAGACACGAGUGGCGUGAAGAAGAAUACUAAGGACGUGACGGAAGAUGUGAGUGAGUGUCUGAAAUCGAAGCCCCUCGAGGCACUGAUGGGUGUGAGGCUGGAGACGGUGAGGUUUAUGCCAUCUUGGGGACCAACACUACCCUUGGACGAAGCUCCAGAUCCAGAAUUUGCCAUGGAACACAGCAGUGAGAACUUCAUCACCCGAGAAUUAAUGAUUGGAAUGACCACUACCGAAAGUUACAACGACUUUAGUGCAUCGGACAUUCAGUAUGGACUGGAAGAAGAGCAGAGAAAUCGGCUUUUGCGGACGUACAUCCGGAAUGCCUUCACCUUUCACCUGAAUGAGAUUUUCUCGGCCGUUCGCAACGAAUACACAGAUUGGGAUAAACCCAUUCAACAUCCUAUUAAUAUCAGGGACUCAACGAUGGAGGCUCUGAGUGACGGACAUACAGUUGCACCCCUCAUCAAGACGGGCUAUCUACAUGCACGCCGAGGUGCAAAAACUUAUCUUUUUCAUUUUGGCUACCAGACAAAGGAUUCCGAAUAUCCACAAAGGCUUGGAUCAGUCCGUGGUGAGGAUAUCCCAUACAUUUUUGGUCUGCCACUUGUUCUUGGGAUGCCCAAUUUUCCUCAGAAUUAUUCGCGCCAGGACAUGGGAGUUGCCGAGGCUGUACUGAAUUUUGUCACAAACUUCUGUAAAACUGGUGAUCCCAACGAAGCUGGACAUCAACAGGCGAUGCUCCAUCCGGACUAUGGAACAGCUCGUGAAAGGACAAGGUACCGAGGAUUAACAUGGGAAACAUAUGAAACAACAACACAACAGUAUCUCAGCAUAUCUCUAAAGCCCAAAAUGAAGAGUCACUAUCGAGGCCACAAAAUGUCUGUGUGGCUGAAUCUCAUACCUCAGCUUCAUCAACCAGGCGAUCCCGAAGUGUCCAUGCGUCACCAUCACUUCAGGGAGCGUGAUCCUAGUUACUAUGCCGGCGCUGUUCGUGCAGAAUCCUUUACUAGACCCAAACUUCUCUAUCCGGCUGAUCCUGUUAACAGUGUCCAGGAAUCGCGUCAGGAAAAUUAUAAUCCUGAAUGUACACCAGAUCCAACCCUUGGGGAGGCUCUACAGGACACAGAGGAUACCACCCUUUCGGCAGAGGAUGAGGAAGAAUUGCUGCAGAAACUUGCCACGAGGCACUAUUAUAGUAGCUACACUGCCGCUCUUGGCGUCACGGUGGGCGUUGGGUGUCUCCUGCUCAUCCUCAACAUGCUGAUAUUCGCGGGGAUUUAUUACCAACGGGACCGCUCUCGCCGAAAAAACCGAACACUGCGCCGUCACCAGAACACCCCGAGCUCAGGACAUGGGAGUCCUGUGGAUGGAGAAAUUCCAUUAACGGUGCGCCCCAACAAUUCGCCAAAUGGGAAAAAGCAGUCUGAGCCACCACCCAACUACACCACCCUUCAGAAACGUAGUCCGUGCACUUUGAGGAAGGAUCAGUGCGGAACACUGACACGGAAGGGACAUUCAGACAAAUGCAAGCAGGGACAUCAUCACUCUUCAUCAUGUCCCAACCAGCACAAGUGUUCAUCGGGAGGAAAGAGUCACCAUGGACUACCACCUCAGCCCCCAGUUCGCACGUCUAGUAAUCCAGACGGUCCCCCAAGUUCUAUUCAUGGGUCCGAGAUUUCUCAUUUGCAUGUACCGAGUGCUAUGGCAUCAAACUGCAGUCCUAGUGCAGGAAAUGCUUCUGGUAAUACGUCAACAUUGAAGAAGAGGGUGCAAAUACAAGAAAUCACUGUAUAGCAUAGGUACAGCACAGCCGAUCUACGAGAGGCUGUGUGAGACCCGUUUAAGUCUUUUAACCCCACAAAUCAUUUUCUUUAGGACAAAGCGUUUUAGUCUCUGACUUUUAAUUUCUCAUCCAUUUUAUUCAUCACCCAAUUUUUGUACACAGGCCAUCAUACUGUGAAUUUGUUAAGAACACAAUAAUUUUUAUAUAGGUCGUGAUAUUUUAGUGUAUAACUUUUGUAAAAUUGAAUACACAUUUAAGGGAGUGGUAGGUUAUAGCCGAAAAUUUUGUGUAAGACGCAAAAAGAAAAAAAAAGAAAAA